AUGGCCAAAACAAUAACGGUUUUGGUUGGGAUGAGCAUAAAUGACUCGUUGUUCUUUGAAGAUGCGGUUUGGAACUCUUAUUUAAAUAGUCAUAAAGAAGCCGGUCAAUUCAGACAUCGUAGUUUCCCUUACUACGACCAACUUACUACCAUCUACGCAAGAGAUCGAGUGACUGGGAAAGAUGCUCAAACAGCCGCUGAUGUUAUUGAAGAAAUAAAUGUUCAGGAUGUACCUACUACAGAUAUUAAUGAAGAAAGAAACAAAUUCUAUGACUGCGAAGCUGAUGUCUCUUUGGACGACAUGGAUGUUUCUGCUACGGAACCGCAACUAGAUAGAAACCAAGGGGGUUCCACAUCUUCAAAGAAGAAAAAAAGAAUUUUGAUGCAAGUGAUCAUAUUUCUUCUUCAUUUCAUGAUGCUGCCACUUUAUUGGCUGAAAACAUGCGGGCCAUUGGCGAACAAAUCAAUAGGAGUAUUGCCUCCGAUGUGGUAGUUCAACAAAAGUCAGAAGAAUUCCAGAUCAUCAAAGAAAAAGCUAUAAAUUUAUAUCCAACCUUAUGUGAAAUAGAAGGUUUAACUGUGGAUGAGCGCUAUCGAGCAUUGAGCAAAAUUUCAGAUCAUCUAACACAAAUGCCCAUUU